UCAAUAAGACACGUUGUAAGGGUCUUCCACUCUACGUUGCCCUGCAAGGUCAUAGUCUGCAUCCACAGAGCAGUUCUGUCUGCCGAUGAUACAUGCCAAGCUCCUUAUAAAAGGCAGCCUACAACUGAGUCUCACUUCAUUUCGCAUAAACAAGACUAACAUAAAAAAGGUUUUCACAUCUGCGGUAAACAUGGUACUCGAUCUAGAUCUGUUUAGGCCGGACAAAGGAGGUGAUCCAGAUGCAAUGCGAGAGAACCAACGAAAAAGAUUUAAAGAUGUAGGAAUGGUAGAUAAAGUAACAGAGCUUGAUGGCAAAUGGAGAAAAUUACGCUUUGAUGCAGACAAUUGGAACAAGUUAAAGAAUCUUUGUAGCAAAACUAUUGGUAGCAAAAUGAAGAGCAAAGAGCCUGUUGGAGAUGACAAUGCACUAACCAAAGAUAUUUCUGACAAUCUGGCUACCCUAACUGCAGAUAUAUUAAAGGGACUGACUGUAAAUCAGAUUAAGAAAAUCAGAGUUCUUAUUGAUGAAGCAAUAACAAAAACUGACCAAGAUUUACAUGACUGCGAGAAAGAAAGAAAUAAGACCUUAUUCGAAAUCGGAAAUCUCCUGCAUGAGACAUGUGUUAUCAGCAACAAUGAGGAUGAAAACGGCAUUGAGAAGAUAGUAGGUGAUUGUGAAACAAGAAAGAAAUACUCUCAUGUUGACCUUCUUGUUAUGAUUGAUGGUGUUGAUUACGAAAGAGGAUCAGUCGUUUCAGGUGGACGAGGAUAUUUUCUGAAGGGUCCUGGAGUACUAUUGCAGCAAGCUUUGGUCGGGCUGGCAACACGGAAGCUUGUUUCCAAUGGAUACAUUCCUUUGUAUACCCCUUUCUUCAUGCGAAAAGAAGUGAUGCAAGAGGUCGCCCAACUAAGUCAAUUUGAUGAGGAACUUUACAAGGUAGUUGGGAAAGGUAGUGAAAAAGAAGAAGAUGCAACAGUUGAAGAGAAAUACCUUAUUGCAACCAGUGAGCAGCCUAUCGCAGCGUUCCACCGAGAUGAGUGGUUGGAUCCUAAAAAUUUGCCAGUGAAGUACUGUGGGAUAUCGACUUGCUUUCGCCAGGAAGUUGGAUCACAUGGUAGAGAUACAACUGGAAUUUUCAGAGUUCAUCAGUUUGAGAAGGUUGAGCAAUUUGUUAUUUGCUCUCCUCAUGAUGGUGAAUCCUGGAAAAUGAUGGAACACAUGUGUAAAAAUGCAGAGGAAUUUUAUCAAGAGCUUGAAAUUCCUUACAGAAUAGUCAACAUUGUGUCAGGUGCGCUUAACAAUGCAGCAGCGAAGAAGCUGGAUCUAGAGGCCUGGUUUCCAGGAAGUGGUGCUUUCCGAGAACUAUGUUCUUGUUCUAACUGCACAGAUUACCAAGCAAGGCGAUUAAUGGUGCGAUUUGGUCAAGUGAGAAAAAUGAACGAAAAGGCCGAAAUUUGUCACAUGCUGAAUGCAACGAUGUGUGCCUCAACGCGCACAAUUUGUUGUAUAUUGGAAAACUUUCAAACAGAGGACGGGAUAAAAAUCCCGAAGGCUCUUCAGCCAUUUAUGCCGAACAAUAUGGACUUCAUUAAGUUCGUCAAACCAGCGCCGAUUGACGAAGAGCCAAAAAAGAAAGGGAAGGCCAAGGGAAAUAAGAAAGUUGAAAGUAAAAAGGGAGAUGUUGUUCAGAAACUCGAAGACAUGAAAGUAGAUAAAUAAUAUUUAUACCAUCUCCGUGAAUUAUAGUAACUAGAGAUUUUGCCAUAAUGCCUGGUCAUUUUGUCUCGUUUAGUUUUGUGAAAUUAAACCAAAAGAUACUGAUAUAGGCUGUUAUAAAGAUAUCGCAA